GGCUGGGCCGGGCAAUGCGCACGCGCGCACACGGAUGUCUGCGACCGUGUUGGGACAAACCUCUUGAGGGAACGAACCCCUGGGCGACGUCCCUGAGGCUGCCUCUGUCAUCCGGCACAGUAAAUUGAACCCGCUGCGUGUGUCUGCGGGCUGCGCAUGCGCAGCACCCCGCCCUACGCCUCCCGGUCGCGGGUUGGUGGGUUUGGGUCACGCGGGCGCGUCGCCUCUUCCUCGCCGCAGGGGGCCCGACCGCUCCCUGGUUUCCGGUUUGGUGGGUCUGAGAUGACGGAGUCGGGCGCCUCUCCGGAGGACCCCUGGGUCAAGGUGGAGUAUGCCUACAGUGACAACAGCCUGGACCCCGGGCUUUUUGUAGAAAGUACCCGCAAGGGGAGUGUAGUGUCCAGAGCUAAUAGCAUCGGUUCCACCAGUGCCUCUUCCGUCCCUAACACAGAUGACGAGGACAGUGAUUACCACCAGGAGUCCUACAAGGAGUCUUACAAGGACCGGCGGCGGCGAGCACAUACGCAGGCUGAGCAGAAGAGGAGGGACGCUAUCAAGAGAGGCUAUGAUGACCUUCAGACCAUUGUCCCCACCUGCCAACAGCAGGACUUCUCCAUUGGGUCCCAAAAGCUCAGCAAAGCCAUCGUUCUACAGAAGACCAUCGACUACAUCCAGUUUUUGCACAAGGAGAAGAAAAAGCAAGAGGAGGAGGUAUCCACACUGCGCAAGGACGUCAUGGCCCUCAAGAUCAUGAAAGUGAACUAUGAGCAGAUCGUGAAGGCACACCAGGACAAUCCCCAUGAGGGGGAGGACCAGGUCUCGGACCAGGUAAAGUUCAACGUGUUUCAGGGCAUCAUGGACUCCCUGUUCCAGUCUUUCAAUGCCUCCAUUUCCGUGGCCAGCUUCCAGGAGCUGUCGGCUUGUGUCUUCAGCUGGAUUGAGGAGCAUUGUAAGCCACAGACUCUCCGGGAGAUUGUGAUUGGCGUCCUGCACCAAUUGAAGAACCAGCUUUACUGAGUGGCUCUCAGAACCUGCAGAAGAGCCAGUAAGAGGCCUUGAGUCUCCUACUUGGCCACCGAACACCAAGCUUGUGAGACUGUGACACUGUAUACCAGUGUCUGGCUCCCCCUACCAUCCUCAGUGGGGCAGGGGUGUUUGUUUUGUGAAAGCUUUAAUUUAUUAUAUUGACCACAGAACUCGACCCUACCCAGUCUUCCCCUCUCCCCGUAGAAGACCUCGAGUCUGCUCCAGGUACCCCAAAGAGCUCCUGGCCGCUUCCCUUUUUCUAAACCUGAUUUCUGUUCACUAGCUACAUAUAUUUGGAAACUACCCUUUGCCUCUAUUUUGCUCCUGGGCAACAUUUGGCCCAAGUUUGGUCAUCCUAGCAGUUGGAGGGGAAAAAAGGAGUAAGAGGAAAUACUCUUACAGCCACUAAGGACAAAGGCAAGGCCAGGGCUGCCUGGUGAGUCAAGGUGAGGCCAGGGCUGCCAGGUUCCAGCCCUCACCUCUAUCACCUCUCCUUCCUCCCCUGCUCUGAACAGUAGAGGGAAGCAGCCUCCCUACCUAGUCCUGCCUUUUGUCCCCACACGCAGGAGCACUGCACAGUGAAGUCAAGUGUGACACAGCACUACAUAAUGGAAGUUUUUUAUUUUCUAAACACCAGCAAUGCACUUUUGCUAACAUUACAAUUUUGAAAAAUUAACAGGGCUUCAAAGUGCAGCCUUUCUGUUAAGUGUAUCUGGGUCUUGGCCAUCUCUUAGUACUGCCUUUCUCCCAAGACUUGGAGAUAGGACAAAGACAUAAAGAAGAGAAUCUAAAGGCCUCCUGGGGUACAAAGCCAGGGAGAGUACUGGGUGAGGCCUUGGGGUCCUUGAAUGCUGUGUAUAGUGGCCUUUCUCUACCCCUGUCCUCAAGCUCCCUUCUGUCUACCUCAGGUUUGAUAUCUGGGAGGUUUGAUUAUCCACAGGAAAUUAUUUUUAUAUCAAAUUAUGUUACAAUAAAUACUGCCAAAUGCUGUCCUUUGGCAUGUUCCAAGUCUAAGGGUUAAACUCAAGCAACUGGAAUAUGGACAAUGAAAAUGAAUGUGACCAUCCACUCUAGGCCAUCAGCACUCCCUCCCUCCACCUAAUACUCUGGUUUAUGCCCCUCUCCUAGCUGCUCUGCUCAAAGGUGGCAAGCAGCAGGAGCCACAAAAAAAGCUGACCACCCAAGGCAGCCAGUCCAGGACAUCUCUUCCCAUUCCCCAGUCCUGCCUCUCAGGGGUCUGGGAGCUUGACAUUGUUAUCUUCAUCUGUCUCUAUCCCAACUUCCUCCUGUGGGGCAGGAAGACAAGUGAAAGAGACCUCCCUGGACGAUGACCCCAGGGGAACAAGAAAAGGAGAGAACCACUUACGAAGAACUGCUUCUUGCUCUUGGGGUAUCCUUCAAGGAUUGCAUCAGACAGCUCUGUUGCCUGACAAAAAACCAAACCAUACCUUUCAGAUGGGCAGGACUCAGCGCUGCCUAAUGGAUCCAGGAUACUGAGCAGCAGUUUCCUGGUGGCUGCCAUUUCCCAGACCUGCCUCUGAGCUCCUACUUACCAUCCUCUUCCGCUUCCUCCACUCCUUGCAGUACUUCUGCCUCUCUCUGUACACCUAGACAGGGAAAUGGGUUCCUCUAACCCCUGAGCCCCGCAGCAGCUGCUGGGGGGUCACCCCUCACCUUCCCCCUGGACCUGCACAGGCAGCCUGUCCUCCCGGCUCACCUGCUCUUUCUCUUCUGGGGUCACGUGGUUGGUGGCUGCUUGGAUGUUCUGCAGUCUCUCUGUGUAGCCAGCGCACUCCUCCUUUAACUCCUGGAUCUCUUUCUGCAUCUCCAGUGUGGUCAGGGCACUAGUUAACUCCUUGAACUCUGAAACCACAUCUCCCUGAAGUCACAUGCUACCCCAAGGAAAGGGUUCUGGAUUUCCCAGUGGGCACUCCCUGAGUGGGUCCAGAAUGGGUCCUGAAUGGGUCUCAUAUUCUGGAAAUGCUCAGGAGAGAUUAAAGCUUACAGAAUUACCAGUU